GCAAUCGCCGCGUGGACCCGCCCUUUCGCAGUAUCUACAAACAUAGCUGAAUUUCUAUUUCCUUAUCCCCAGCUGUUGAAGGCUAACUUGGAAUCUGUGCCUCGCUAUGGCGUCAUCAUCCAGGAAGAACGAGCAAGCCUCUCUUCCUUGCCCCGCCUGGGUUUUUUCUAACAAUUCUGACGUCCAUGUCGCUAAAGAUCGCUGUUGGUUCGGUGACGAUUACACACCCUUCGUGUCCUUUUUCACGGAUAUGGUUGGGAACUCGGUCGAAGUCCUUGGGAUCGGAACUGUCAACCUCCCUGCCAAGAUCUCGCCGACCCAGACUGGUCCGAGUUCACACGGCAUCCUUCGCUUGAAGAAGGUGCUACAUGCCCCUGGAGUACUCUGCAACAUCAUCGGACAGCCCAUUGUGGAUGACUACCAGGUCACACUUUCUCCCGGAAUCUCUUCCUCCGGUUCCAUCACUAACCUCACUGAUGGUCGCUCCGUAGCCUACUUCAAGCCUAUGAGAAGCGCUAGGUUCUGGGAAGUCCGACUUAGCGGGCCCCCGGUUGGGCCUAAGGUGGGACCUUCGCCAUUUAGCUCGUCUGGGCUAUACAUGAUUCACGCCUUCUGGCCCGAUAGUGAGCGGCAGAGGUUUGCAGCAUUACCGGCCUCUCGUCAGAGUCAAGCUACUGCCUCGGAGCACUUAACGCUGGCCGAGAAGGCAUGGGUAAAAACACACUACGGAACCGAAUUCAGGUUUCUCAGAGACUACGGGUUAAGCAUAUUCAAAGACGAGGAUCGAGAAGAAGGCCGUCUCAUCUUGCGAGCUAUCAUGUCCGACGACGGCUAUGAAUCAGCGACCUGA